GGCAGCACAGAAUUCUUUGACGCUGCAUUGGACAACAUGCAGACUGGCUGUAUGCAGGAAGUGGUGAUGAACAGUUCAUUCCACGAGGCAACCAUGGGAGGACAAUCAGUGAUAGACAAAGUCUUCAAGGUCGCGUGUCCAAACGGCUGUCGUAGGAAAGGAGACUGUGUCGAUGGUGUAUGUAGAUGCCAUACAAACUACACAGGCUCUGACUGUUCCAUUGACAGCAAUUCUCCUCCAUUAUUAACGGAGGUUGACUUCGAAGGUCUGUGUGACGUCAACGACGACUUGUGCACGGCUGUGUCUGUUUUUGGAGGCACGUUCGUCGACAGUUCCAGCACCACCUGCAAGUUUAGAGACAUUGAUGAGAAUGGAAAUAUUGUGGACAGUUUUGCCGAGCGUGUUCUUGCUGCACAAUUUGAAAGCCUGUUCGAAGUUGCCUGUCCCAUACCAGUGCACAGAUCGAAGCGGUCGGCGCUGGGAGCUACAGCUGAAGAGAAGGCCCGCGCUUACUAUGUGUCGGUGUCCAACAACGGGGUUGCGUACAGUGAGGAGAAGAUUAUCGUCAUCUACAACUCAACCUGUCAGACGUGUACUCUCUCUGGCACAUCUGUCAGUUGCGUCAUUUCGGAGGAUUAUUGCACGCUAGGUACUAUGUGCAUUCCAAAGGGUGGCAGGUAUCCAUACGAGGCUUGUCUGGUGUGUGACAUUAACGGGAAGACAAAAACUUGGCAGGACGAUCCUACCUGCAGAAGCUGUAUGAACACUUCGCUUAUGUGGGUCUUGCUAAUGUUUCCAGCAUUCAUCAUGCAGUGCAUUUUUUGAAAUGUCGUUCUUAGCAAUGGAUUGAUGUGUGCGGAAAUCGGACAGCAUUGCAACAUGUCGACAACAUUGGAUUACAUCUGUGACUUAAAAUUCUGUUUGGUUUAAUUGAGACUUCUCUCUUUAUACACAGGGCUUCUAGAAUUUUUUUUAAAUCCACUAGUGAUGGGAUCAGUGAUUCACUAGCCCUAAAAUACUUUAAGUUAAUACAAUUUUACUAAAUAAUAGUAAUAAGCAGACAUUAUGUCACCUAAAGAUGGAGAUCGAGCUUAAAAACACUAACAUUGUGAUUGGGAGUGGGUCAGGAUAUUCAUAUUUACAAAAUAAACUUAAUUGCAACAUUUAAAUUGAAUUGUACAUAUUAUGAUUUUUUUGUAUCUCUAGCUUGAAGGCAUACUGUCACAGAUUUAAGCACCUUAUUUCUCAGGCCAUGUAAUAGGUCAAUGGUCUGCGACAAUAUGCCUUUAACAUCAUACAGUUGGUUUUGGUUUUAGUGUGGGUGUUUUUGUAUUACAAACACUUUACUAAGUUUGACUUUACUUUUCACUUAAUUUGUGCAAAUUUUCUUAUAUAUUUUAGUACCUGGCAGAUUUAAUACACCUACAAAAAAAAAGAAGGAAAAAAAAGAGAAAAAGGCUUACCAUUUGCCAAUUGCGAAAAUUGGAAAACUUUAUUUUAAUUUGACAAAAUAAUUUCAAGUAAUAAUUGAUAUUUUGUUAGAAAACAACUAAGUUUCCAUAAAUUUUUUAAAGUUUAAUUUGGUGCAAUUUUAUGCUCACCCAGAGCUAGACAACAGAUUUUUGCCAUAUUUAUAUAAUUGAAAUUUACUUUUUAUAUAUAUAUAUAUAUAUAAAUGUGCUGUAAAUAAAAAUAGAUACGGUACAUGUAGGUUGUGUAAUGUGGUGGUGGUGGGUUGUUUUCUGGUUGGUUUGGUUGGGGUUUUUUUGUUGUUGUUUGUUUUGCAUUGUUUUUGUUGUUUGUUUGGUUGUUUUUUCAACUACAUAUUAAUUAAAAAAUACAUUGGAAAAAAAUAAUAUGGUUGACCCAUUUUUAGAUGGGCUGGGUUCCUGUAAACGCAAAUUUUUAGAAACAACAAGGUCUUUUUAUUAUUAAAUAUUGAGAGAAAUAAGGCCCACUAAAUCCGCGAUUGAGUGCCUUUAAAACUAAAGUCAUUGUGUUUGUUUUAAUUCAGACUUUACACGAGCAGGCUGAAUUUAGAAAUAUAGUAUCACUGCUUUUUAAAAAUUACAUUAAUCAUUUACAUUUAAAUUGAAUUGUACAUAUUAUGAUUUUUUAUAUGUCUAAAUUUACACAAUACAAAUGGUUUUGGUUUCAGACAUUUUACUUAUAUAAUGAGUGAUUCUAUGCUAUCAAAUACUACAAGAAAUGUAUUCUUUCGUACAAAAUACGUUUACCUAUGUGCUUAUAUACUGUAUUGUUUUUAGUGUCCGGAUGUGUGUAUUUUUGUACUGCAAACACUUUACUAAGUUUGACUUUACUUUUAUUAACUUUAAUUAGUGCAAAUUUUCUUAUAUAUUUUAGUACCCGGUAGAUUUAAUACACCUACAAAAAAAGAAAAGAAAAAAAAGGCUUACCAUUUGCCAAUUGCGAAUGUUAGAAAACAAUUGGAAAAUUUUAUUUUAAUUUGAUAAAAUAAUUUCAAGUAGUAAUUGAUAUUUUGUUAGAAAACAACUAAGUUUCCAUAAAUAAUUUAAAGUUUAAUUUGGUGCAAUUUUAUGCUCACCCAGAGCUAGACAACAGAUUUUUGCCAUAUUUAUAUAACUGAAAUUUACUUUUUUAUAUAUAUAUAGAGAAUACUAAACGAGUCCCCGUGAGAGACCGUUUAUAUUACAACGAGUGUUUUUUCGAUCGUACAUCACGAGCGGAAGCGAGUGAUGUACGAUCGACA